CACGUGACGCCCGGAAGUGACGCACCACCGGAAGUGGCCGGAAGGCGCGGAGGGGACACCGGAAGUAGCGAGGCCACGCGGCGGCGCCGGGAUGGGGCGGCCCGGGAAGAGCCGGUUCCAGCGGCAGCAGCGGGCUGAGGCCCGGCAGCGCUCGGAGCAGGAGUUCGGCUCCGUCCCUCACUCCUUCGUGUUCGCCCGCGGCCGCCCCGGGAGGAGCCUCAGGAGCCUCUGCCGGGACCUGCGCAGGGUCCUGGAGCCCUACACGGCCAGGAGCCUGCAGGUGCGCCGGAGCAAUUCCCUGCGGGACCUUCUGGCCGUGGCCGGGCCCUUGGGCGUGACGCAGUUCCUGGCGCUCAGCAAAUCCCAGAGUGGGAUCAACCUGAAACUUUUCCGCCUCCCGGGGGGUCCCACCCUGACCUUCAAAGUGCUGCAGUACUCCCUGGUCCGGGAUGUGGUCUCAGCCCUGCGCAGGCACCGCAUGCACGAGCAGCAGUUCCUGCACCCCCCCCUGCUGGUGCUGGGCAAUUUUGGGGUGCAGGGGGGGCCGGAGCUGCGGCUGACGGCCGGGAUGUUCCAGGGAAUGCUGCCCACCCUCAACGUCCACAGGGUGAACCUGAACUCCAUCCGUCGCUGUUUGCUGAUCUCCUACGAGGCCGAGGCGCGGCUGCUGCAGCUGCGGCACUACAGUGUCCAGGUGGUUCCCGUUGGGCUCAGCCGGGGGAUCCGGAAAAUUCUCCAGGAGAAAUUCCCUGACCUGGGCAGGAUGGACGACGUCAGCCAGCUGCUCACCGGGGACGCCGUCCUGUCCGAGAGCGAGGCGGAGCCGGACGGGUCCCAGAACGUUCUGGAACUGCCCCAGAACUGCGCCGGGCGCGGCAACGCGGCCACCCAGCAGAGUGCCAUCAGACUGACCGAGAUCGGGCCCCGUCUGACGCUGCAGCUGCUGAAGGUGGAGGAGGGGCUGGGCCAGGGCAAUGUCCUGUACCACGGCCUGGCCCCCAAGGGUGAGGAGGAGCUGCGGCAGCUGCAGGUGCGGCGCGAGCGGCGGCUGCAGGUGAGGGCGGAGCGGCGGCGGCAGCAGGAGCAGAACCUGGAGAGGAAACGGCAGCAGAGGGAGCGGCACAGGGAGCGCAGCCUGGCCGGGAUGGGCCGGGCCCCAGGUGGCCCCACAGGUGACACCCCAGGUGGCCCCUCAGGUGACACCGGAGGUGACAGCGACGUCGAGGACCCUGGCGCACCUGAGGCAGGUGAGGCCGAGGCGUCGGACGAGGACGAGGCCGAAUAUUACAGACAGGAGCUGGGGGAGGAGCCUGACACAGAUUUGUUCCCCAGCAGCUCCAAGAGGAAGCGAAGCCCCUCGGCCGCGCCCCGAGCCCGGAAACGACGGAAGAGGAGCCCAAAAUCCCCACCUGGAUCCCCAAAAUUCACAGCUGGAACCCCAAAAUCCCACCCAGGAACACAAAAAUCCCACCCAGGACACCCCAAAAACCCCAAAUCCCACCCUGGAAAUCCCAAAUUUCGUCCUGGCAGCCCAAAAUCCCAACGGGGAACCCCAAAAUCCCAUCCUGGAUCCCAAAAUUUCACCCCUGGCACCCCAAAAUCCCACCCAGGACACCCCAAAAACCCCAAAUCCCAUCCCAGGAAAGCUGGAACCCCCAAAUCCCAACCUGGAACCUCCAAAUCCCACCCAGGACACCCCAAAAACCCCAAAUCCCACCCAGGACACCCCAAAAAUCCCAAAUCCCAGCGGGGGAAGCUCCUGAGCCCCCGGAAAAUCCCAAAUUUCCCUCGGCCAGGACGGGCCCGGAAAAGGAAAAAUUGAGAGGGGGGGAAAAAUUUUUGGGAAUUUAGGACGGAUUUUGGGAUUUUCCAGAAAAAGUUUGGGGUCCCCCAGGGGAAUUUUGGGACCCCCCCCCCAAAUCCCCCCCAUGUUUCCAUUCCGGCUUUUCCCUGCUGGGAUCCCCCAAAUCCAGAGGAAAUCACCCCAAAAAAAAAAAGGGGGGAAAUGGAAGAAAAAGGGGAACCCCAAAAAUGGGGAAAAAUCCCGGAAAAAUCCCAGAAAAAUGGGAAAAAAAUCCCAAAAAAGGUGAAAAAAAAUGUCAGGAAUAAAGUUGGAUCCACCCCA